GAUUUUAAAAGACAAUGAAAAUAGCACAGAAAACGAAAAUCUAUCAUCCAGUUUUUUCUUUGAUAGAAGAAAAGAAAGAAAUGUAAGUAUACCUUAUACUGCAAACGAUUCAGUACCAACAUCGAAUGAAUCAGUGAGCCAAAAUGAGAACGGAAGACAUUUUAAAAGAAUGCCAGAAAAACAACCUUUUCGUGGCGCCAACAAAGUAAGAGAUUCAAAAACUAGCAAAUAUCCAGCAAACGCGAAAGAUAAUUAUCGAUCGAGAAAUCCACCGGAUUCUUCCGAUUUUCGGACUGAACAAAUAUAUAAGAAUUCGCAAAACCUGGACAUAGGGGAAAAAAGAAAGACACGAGUAAAGCCUCCUAAAGAAGCGGAUACAGUUCGGAAAACCCCAGAUACACCAAAGAAGUCUGCAAAAAUACGCUCUGAAAAAGCGCCUUUGGACACGUGUAGGGAAAGACAACACCAACCACCGUCUGAUAAAACUAAACUUGUUUAUGUCCAUGGAUGCAGACCAAAGACCUUUUACAAUCAAAACCCUAAAAAGCAAUGGGAGGACAAGGCAGCCCAAAAGGUCGACAAUGGAAAUGGAGUCACAUCAGUGAUUCAACAGCUGCCCAUACAGUCAGACAUAGAAGAGAAAAGAAAACCCCACGCAUGUGCACCAAAAGCACACACAAUUCAAAGCAACACACGCCCCAUAACGGUGCAAUCAGACACGUAUAGUAAAAUACAUCUCUUACAACCGUCAGAUAAAACCGAUUCUCGUUAUGUCAAUGAAUGCAGACCAAAGACCACUUACAAUCAAAAUAGUAAAGGUCAUUGGACGGACAAAGCUGCCAAACACAUACCCAAAACGGUGCAAUCAGACACGUAUAGUAAAAGACAUCUCUUACAACCGUCAGAUAAAACCGAUUCUCGUUAUGUCAAUGAAUGCAGACCAAAGACCACUUAUAACUUUGGUAAGCAUGGUAAACAAUCAGAAAAAGACCCUUUUAACCAUCAAGAUAAGGAAAGAGACAGCAAUCCAAAAACAGCAAGGAGUAUGAAUUCUAAAGAUUUAAGUAUGCAAACGCUAAAGCGACUUCUUAAAGAACAUCCACCACAGGUUAGCUUUAAAUUAACCUCUUCCGAAGAUAAUCUCGUCGAUGCAAUUCAAAAAACUGCAGAGCAAACAGAAUAUCUUGAAGUGUUCUUAGAAGUAAUUGCACAUGCUUUCACAAGUCAGUCCAGCACACUAACAAUGUUGUUUGAGGUACUUAUGAAGGAACAUUUCUUUACAACUCUACUGGACUACCUUCUAGAUACACUUUCACACUUUCAAGAUGAAUCGGAUUCAGUAAAACAUGCGGUAAAACUUACAAGAGCUGCAAUCAACACUUUCACGAUCAUCUGGGAGCAAACCGCCAGAAGCCUACUCUCAUAUCGCCAAUUUUCCCGAGUGUUCACAGUAACUAAACAGAUAAUAGAAACACCUCAGCUAUCGAUGGAAAUCCCAAAAAGGGUAAAAGAUGAUUGUGCAGAAUAUUCAGAACUAAAAAGGCAAUUCGAAAGAGCUAACAAAUGUAAGAACACAGCGCAAUCGAAUCGGCCAGCCGACGAUUUCAGAAUGAUACCCGUUUUGCCAACGAACGAUGAAAUCAAGGGUUACGUUCUACCCUUUUUACGUAAGAAUGUGACAGAAGGGGACUAUAUGGACUUAGACCAUUACCUCGAUGUUCAGUUUCGGCUUUUGCGCGAGGAUUAUGUUGGACCACUUCGGGAAGGUAUUAUUCAAUAUACUACGCAACUCCAAGAUAAAUCGUACGCUGAAAAAGGCAAACGGAAUUCUGAUUUGAAAAUGUACGAACGCAUACGAGUCCUCUCGCCUCACAUUUCAGAACAAGGAUUGUGUUACAACAUGAACCUAGCGAUGACAGAUCGUUUACAAAAUGUAAACUGGAAAUUAGGAAAGCGAUUAAAGUUUGGUUCUCUUGUUUGCUUGUCAGAAGAUGAUUUUGACACAAUGUAUUUAGCAACCAUUAUUGACAGCGACAAAAUCGAUGAAGGGCAGUUUGUUGUUCGGUUUGAAGAUGACAUCAAAACUGUCGACUUAAUUCAUAGGAACUUUAAAAUGGCUGAAACGCCCGCCUACUUUGAAUCGUACAAGCACGUCCUAGCUGGAAUACAGACAUUUCGAGAUGGAGACCUUCCAUUUGAAAGACAUAUUGUGUUUUGCGAGCAAAAAGUCAAACCACCGAUUUACGUAAGUGAUGAAACUACUUAUGACUUUGGACCAAUUGUAAGUAAAGAAACUAAAACUGAUUCUCGUUCGAGGAAUCGGAAAACAACAAUUGAAAAGCCUGAACUGAGGGUGCCAAUUUUGGACAAACAAAAAUGGCCGUCUAGGCUAUGUUUCGGUUUAGACGAGUCACAGAUGAGAGCGCUUCAGAAUGCGCUCACACGAGAAUUUGCACUUAUUCAAGGUCCUCCAGGAACAGGUAAAACAUAUAUUGGCCUCAAAAUAGCGAAGAUACUUCUGCAUAAUAAGGCAAAGUGGGCUAGCUCCAAUACAAAUGCAUCAACCACUUGCAGCCCAAUGGUCAUUGUAUGUUACACAAAUCACGCACUUGAUCAAUUUCUUGAGGGAAUAAAACUGUUUUACAGGCACAACAUCUUGCGAGUAGGAGGUCGUUCGUCUAGUGAACUGCUGAAAGAAGACACAUUGAAAACACGAAAGAGAAAUAAAUGGUCAAAUAAUUCGCUUGUUGGCAAAAUGCAAGACCUUCAAACUGACGCUAAAUCUGCCAUUAAAGAUAUUCAGUCAACAAUACUUGAAUUGACAUUGUCAAUUGAUGUUUAUUUGCGGAACAUUAUUCAUGAAAAUUCCCUACGCUCUGCAAUAGCAGAGCCUCAUUUCAGACAACUAAAGCAGUUCGAUAACGGACGUUAUCCGGCUAUAGUUAGUUGGCUUGGCAUAGAGACUUUGGAAACUCGAUGUCGACAAACGGCAGCUGGUGCCGCACCUAAAGAUGACGAAGUGACAGUCGAUCUUGUGGAUAUUUCAAAUGAAGGUAUACAACGAAAUCCGGCGUUGAUGUUGAAUGAUAUUCUCACAGACGAUCCAAUCACAAUGCAGAAACGUGAUGAGGUAAUGCAGAAAUUACAAAAAGAAAAUGUUGCAUACAGGGUAAGUAACAAGAAGGAGCAAGAGUUACAUCAAGAAUAUACCACUUUGAGUAAAAAAAUCGAAAGAUUACAGAAUGAUCUUAAAGACAAAAAACGCAUGCGGUUUCAAAAUGAAGUUGAGGAAAUUAUUAUGGAUCUAAAGGACACACUCAAGCGGCUGCGACAGAAGGAGAAGAUAAUUGGACGAGAAAUUAAGGUUGAAAAACGAUUUCUAUCAGAAUUGAGGAAAGUUGUUCACAACCAUAUCCAGUCAGAUGAAAAGAUGAGACAAGAUGAAGCUGCUUUCAUACACGAUAUAAGUAAACUGAAUUUAAACGACAAAUGGAGUCUAUAUCGAUUUUGGAUACAAUGUGCGAUCGAUCAAAAUCUUGAACGCAUUGAUGGAAAGCGUGAUGAAUUCAAUGCUGCCGCAGAGAGGCUUCGUGAAGCCACAAUGUUGGUCGACAUGGAGAUAAUGCGCAGUUCAUCGGUUGUUGGUAUGACAACAACGUGUGCAGCAAGGUAUCUACCAGCAUUGCGUGACAUCAAACCAAAAAUAGUCAUUGUAGAAGAGGCAGCAGAGGUUCUGGAAGCACACAUCAUCACAACCUUAAGCAAAGGAUGUGAACAUUUAAUACUCAUUGGCGAUCACAAACAACUGCGUCCAAACCCUACAGUGUACAAGUUGGCUGUAAAAUACAAUCUCGACGUAUCUCUUUUCGAACGAAUGAUAAAAAAUGGAGUUCAGUACGAUUGCCUAGAACUGCAGCAUAGAAUGAGGCCAGACAUUGCUGACAUAGUUCGUCACAUAUACCCACAACUCCGCGAUCAUGCAAAUGUGCAACGAUACGAAGAUGUGAAAGGUGUGGCAAAGAACAUGCAAUUCAUCAACCACGGUCACCUUGAAGCGUUUGGAGAUGAACUCAAAUCUUACUCGAACGCCUUUGAGGCAGAAUUUGCAACAAAAUUGUGCAAACAUUUUCUGCUUCAGGGGUACAGUCCGUUUCAGCUUACAGUUCUAACGACGUAUAAUGGCCAGCUUUUAGCUUUGCAAAAGCUUAUGCCAAAAGACGUGUUUGAAGGGGUCAGGCUAACAGUAGUUGAUAACUACCAAGGCGAGGAAAACGAUAUUAUUAUUCUUUCGCUUGUGAGAAGUAGUUCUGAAAACCGGAUUGGAUUUUUGAAAACGGAGAACCGAAUAUGUGUAGCACUUUCUCGAGCAAAAAUUGGACUUUUUGUCAUCGGAAAUUUUGAUUUACUUUCAAAAUGUUCAAGGUUAUGGCACAAUAUUUACACGGAAGUACAAAACAAAGGCGCUCUUGCCGAUGGCAUUCUGUUAAAGAGGGAAAACCACCCAGAAGAGCAUGCAGUCCUGGCGAAAGACUCGAAAUACUUUCUACAAGCCCCAUUAGGGUGUUGCAAUCGUGAUUGUAAUACAAGACUGGACUGUGGUCAUCAAUGUGCACAGAAGUGUCAUGUUAUUGAUCCCAAUCACGAACAAUAUAGAUGCAUGAAGAUGUGCACUUUAGCAUGUGAACAAAACCAUCCGUGUAAGGCAAGAUGCUAUGAGAAAUGCCCCAACUGCAUGGUUCGAAUUGAAAAGGUCAUACCAUUGUGCAAUCAUACACAAAAGGUACCAUGUAGCCUUGACCCAGCGAAAUUCUCGUGUGGUUACAAACCUUGCCCGGCAAAACUACGGUGUGGUCAUCUCUGUCCAAAUAAGUGUGGGGAAAUUCACGAAGCAAAGUGUGUGGUAAUAGUUAGAAAGUCAUUUGAGUGUGGUCAUUCGACAGAAGUGAAAUGUUGCGAUUAUUCAACAGCUAAAUGUCCAUUUCCAUGCCAGGCAUUGCUCAAAUGUGAGCAUCGAUGUAGUGGUACAUGCGGCUCAUGUCUGAGAGGAAGAUUCCACAAUCAGUGUAGUGUUGACUGCAAACGAAUCCUCGUGUGUGGACACCAGUGCAAAUCAGCUUGUGAUGAUUGUCCUCCAUGCUCACGAAGGUGUGAAAACCGUUGUCCGCAUAGCUAUUGUGACAAUCUUUGCGGCUUUCCAUGUAAGCCUUGCAUAGAACCAUGUCUUUGGAAAUGUAAACAUUACAAAUGCACGAACCUUUGCAGCGAACCAUGCAACAGACCUCCGUGCAAUGAACCUUGUCAGAAGCUACUGAAAUGCAAACACCCGUGUAUAGGUUUGUGUGGAGAGCCGUGUCCAAAACAGUGUAGAAUAUGCGACGAGCAGGAAGUAACUGAAAUUCUGUUCGGAAGCGAAGAUGAGCCCGAUUCCCGAUUCGUGUGCUUGAAUGAUUGCGGCCAUAUUAUUGAACACAAAGCACUUGACAAGUAUAUGAUGAUGACAAAUGAUUCUAAUAUCAUCAACUUUAAGGGAUGCCCAAAAUGCAAAACGCCCAUUCGGAAGUGUGUCAGGUACGGAAGCGACAUAAAUGAAUGCAUCCGAAACAUAGAAUUGGUGAAACAACAGUAUAUAGGUGAUAAAAAAAGAAAGAAAACAUUGUCAACAGAACUGUUUCACAAUUUAAUGAAAGAGUAUAAGACAAAGGAUACGGCGGUGUACAAGAAUGGAAAGCCAUGCUUUCCUCCAACAACUAGGGGACGUGCCAUGGAAACCUUAAACGAUUGUUUGCUAGAACUUGAAAUCGGUAGAAAUAUUGAGGCAUGUGUACAACAACUGGAAACGUUAACAGAGCAAUAUAAACUCGCGGCAUCAGUAUUCAAGCAAGCUCAAAAAUUUAAAAAGUUGAAAUUGUCUGCAAAUCAGGAUGUAGAGAUGAAGAAAGGUGUUAAAGUUUUGACUGACUUUCUGAAUGAGACGCUCGAAAAGGUCAUGAUACCUAGAUUGUUUCUCAGUGAACAGGAAAAAGAAGAUUUUGAAAGAGAGCUUUAUCGCUGUUCUUGGUAUUGCAAAAUACUUACAGUAGAACAGAAGCUAACAGCUAAACAAAGGGUUGAAGGAGAAAAGUACAUCUUUGAGAUGAAAGGUAUCCUUAAUAGCGAACAAAUUCGCAGUGAUUCGAUGAGAGAAAAAAUGGAGGAGACCAGUAAGCUUCUGAACGACGUGCUGAAGGUCGAUGGUUUGGACAUUACUGAAGAAGAAAGAAUAUCCAUAGUGUCUGCCGUGGGUCUGUCCAAAGGUCAUUGGUUCAAGUGUCCAAACGGCCACGUGUACUGUAUUGGUGAGUGCGGUGGGGCGAUUCAGAAGUCAAAAUGUCCCGAAUGCGGAGUUGAAAUAGGCGGCGAGAGGAAUCAACUGACGACCGGCAACACCAUUGCACCCGAAAUGGAUGGAGCGCGUUUUGCUGCGUAUUCUGAGGAAGCUAACAACCUUGCCAAUUUCAACUUUAAUGACCUUUACUAAACGAAGUACGCGAGAGCAGAACAUGCGUUUAUAAGAUUGGUGAGAAUUUAGGGUUCAUGUUCCAGUCAUCGUAGAUGUUCACAGUUGUUGACCAGACUGUCUCACAGUUUCAAAUACGGAUGUUGAGAUUCAAUGAACUCCACUAGACUUUUCCAUAUCCUCGUGUUUGUUGAUGGAACAGUGUGGACAAGUGUUCUGUAUUUUAAACCAUUUGGCUGGAUGAAUAUUCGUAGUCGUUUCAUUUUGUAUAUAUAAUCGUUCGCUAAGAUGAUUUAUCUUACUGUAUGUUCAAAGCUAUAAUAUUAAACAGAAUUAUUGUGGCUUUCUAUGUGACCUUUGUGUCCCAAGUAUUAAAUUUUGUUAAACUUGAGCCUCUUAAUGUCUGCUUGUGGUUUGACAAUGUGCUUGU